UGUUCCAAUAGGAUAGUUUAGCACACUUUCACCAUAUCUCUGUUUCAAGUAACCAAGUUUCCGUGCUUCGCUUUUGUGAGCUCCAAUGGCUUCUGCUUCAGCAACUUCUCUCUGCAGGUUCCAAACCUUUCAAAACCAGCCAAUCAAGACCUGCCAGGUAACAGGAACAAGUUCAAGUUUAAAGUUGGUUUCUAAUGGAUGGGCCAAGAGUGGCUUCUCUUCUUUGAGAAUCUCUCAUCUCCAAAUUUGUUGCGCUGCCAAACCGGAGACGGUGCAAAAGGUAGUGGAGAUUGUGAGGAAGCAAUUGGCUUUGCCUCCGGAGUCAAAGGUUUCCUCUGACUCCAAGUUUGCAUUACUUGGCGCCGACUCUCUCGACACCGUGGAGAUAGUGAUGAAUUUGGAGGAAGAGUUUGACAUUAGCGUUGAAGAGGAGAGCUCUCAGAACAUAAGCACGGUCCAAGAAGCAGCUGAUCUGAUAGAGAAGCUCAUUGAAAAGAAAUCAGCUGCUUAAUUUAUUCAAAUUAAUUGAGUUUAAUUAUGUUAAGCUUAUUGGUUAUGAGCCGCGACUUUUUCUUAUUUAAUUUGGUGAGGUUGGUUUGCAAGUUCCGGAUUUGGAUGACUUUGAUUUGGUU